AUGGAUAUUCAAUAUCAAGUUAGGGCUAAAAUAGCCUUAUACGCAAUAAAAGCUGUGAUUAUAUACGAAAUUAAUGAAUUUUACACGAUUUGUAUCCUUAGAAAACCCCAUUAUGAUAAACAGUUACCAAACUGGUUCUUAAUCCGUACAACAAUAAAUUCAGCUUUGGAUUAUCUAAAAAGAAUCGGUUAUAUUGAAAUCAUUCGAGAAAUUUCAUUAACGACGCCCACUAUUUUGAAUGACGUAAUAAUGGAGAAGUUUCAGUUGAAAAAUUUAUCUUUAUACGGAUUAUCGACGUUAAAUUAUAGAGAUACAGUUGUUGUAGAUGACUUACUGGAUAAUAAUGUCACAGUAAAAACAAUUAUUUUGAAAUUAAAUGCAUCUUUAGAUACGUUGGGUGUCGGUGCUGACUACGAUGUCAGUAUGAAAUUUUUGUCUAUUUUCCCUUUACGUAUCAAAAGCAGAAUUAGCAUUGCUUUCAACAAUAUAAACAUCCAUUUAAUUUUGAUUAUCAACAACAGAAACAAAAAUUACAAGAUUCAACAUUUGGAAUUACAUUGGUGUUUUAGUCGUUUAAAUAACGAGAAUGAAUAUCAUUUGAUAGAAUCGAUUAAUGUAAUCGAUUCUUGGUGAAGUAGAAAUUUUCAAAAAAUUGAAGUAAAUGGG